AUGCCCAGAUAUUACCGUGAUUACAAGGGUAUCACAAUCCGAGACAGAUGGCGUCUCGAGGGUGAAAUCGGCGCUGGAGGCUUCGGACAAGUCUAUCUAGCUACCGAUCUCAAAACAAACAAAUUCGUCGCCGUCAAGCUCUGCUAUCUCAAAGCCAAUCCCGGCAACAGCAGCCUCCAGCACGAGUCCGUCUUCUACAAGAUGCUCCAAAACCAGCCCGGCAUUGCAACCCUCCACGACAUUGGCUCUGACGAUCGCCAAAGCAUCGAGUUCAUGGUCUGCGACCUCCUCGGUGCUUCGCUAUGGGACCUGCUUGGACGCUGCGGGCACCGCUUCUCCCUCAAGACGACGCUCAUGUUAACUGACCAGUUGAUAUCUCGGGUGGAAAUGCUGCACUCAAAAAAUCUCCUUCACCGAGAUUUGAAGAUGGAGAAUAUCGUCAUGGGAUUUGGUAAGGAGAAUGGCAAGACCGCAUACCUUCUUGAUUUUGGCUUAUCUGGCUAUUUUCGGUCCCGCGACGAUUACAUUACUGCGCCUGAUUAUCGUUUAGCUGGGACCAUAGAAACUGCAUGUAUAGCAUGGCAUUUAAAUCGGCCCCAAUCUCCUAAAGACGACCUCGAAUCACUUGCCUACGUGCUCAUCUUCCUUUUCCGCGGUUAUCUCCCCUGGAGCAUCGACGGCGACUCAGAUGCUUCCUACCCCUCGUCCGAGCGCGCCCUCAAGAUGAAGCUCUCCCUGCCCAUCGACAUCAUCUGUAAAGAUAUGCCCCCCCAGUUCGCGAGACAUCUCAAAUACGUCCGGUCGCUCAAGUACAACGAUAUGCCAAAUUACAGUAAGCUGCGGGACAUGUACCAACGGUUGAUGAAGCGAAUGGGUUAUGAGUAUGAUGGCGUCUAUGACUGGGACUUGACAGAAAAGGAAAUCGAUAGCACAAAGCAGCCACCUAGUGAUGCCAUACCAGCCUCUACACGAGAUCAGUCGUUGAAACAAGAGAACGCUGUAGCACAAAGCAAUUCUCCGAUUCAAGACAAGCCAUUUGUUCAAGAUAAGCCCUUGGUACAAGACAAGACUCUCGUACAAGACAGCCCUUUAACACAAAGCAAAACUCUCAAAAGAAAGAAAGACGAAGAUAAUAGAGAGGAUGAUCAACAAGACACGCAGAAACAAACCAUACAACCUGCCAAAAAGCGCAAACCUGUAUUUACCGAGAAAGUAACCGACAAAGACCAAGAUCAACCCGUAACAAAGCGUCGGCGCAGACAACCCAAGGUCCAAACCAAAGACGCCAGCACAAAGAAUGCGCAGGAAGAGGCCACCACUACUGAAAAGGUUGCCGAGACCAAUGAGACGGCUGGCAAAAAUGUUCCUAGGGGGAAGAAGCCGGCGACUCGGAAGGGAGCACAUAAAUAAAAGAUGCCAUUUAGGAAAAGCCAGCUCAGAUGAUGUGCAGCGUGUAAAGUAGGAGUGCUCAAGUGGGAAGGAGAAAGAUGUCUGGAGAGCAGCAUUGAUUUUUUUUUUUUUGUUCAUUUCACAGUAUUAGAGCUUACUACACAGGGUUAGAGUUGUAUUGAAUAUUUUUCAUUUUUUUAAUAAAAGCAGAGCUAAAUGAUGAUAUGUAUGAGUAUAUAACACGAUUUUCAAGCAGUAACAGAAUCAAGAAUUUUCUUUCACCCAUCCCAUUCCCACUGGCCGUAGACUUCAUACCCGUAAAAAAAAAAGCCAAUUUACCUAGGUAGCCAUGCACAUCCCGCCAUUGUCAUCGAGAAAGAAAAAAAAAAGAUAAAUAGAAA